AUGGCCAGGCUUGAUCGGAAAUUUAGGGGAUUAAACUUGGACAAAAAGGCCGCGUGUGUUAAACCUUACCGCAUUGGAGGAGACAAAGAGCAGAGGAGAUAUGAUCACAACAUCGAUGAUACUAGAGAACUUGGUUGGACACUUGGGACAAAUGAUUUCCGGAAUGAUAUGCUGGAGGCGCCACGCAGCUGGGGGCGCCACGCAGCUGGGGGCGCCACGCAGCUGGGGGCGCCAGGCAGCUGGGAGCGCCACGCAGCUGGGGGCGCCACGCACCUGGUGAGCCUGGACGCUGCCGGCGUCGUGGGAGACGUCGUAGGAGGCGAGGAAGAAGGUCGUAUCUUGGGACAGACAUGCGUGCCCACCAAGGUGUACACGAGCACAGCCCACCAAGGUGUACACGAGCACAGCCCACCAAGGUGUACACGAGCACAGCCCACCAAGGUGUACACGAGCACAGCCCACCAAGGUGUACACGAGCACAGCCCACCAAGGUGUACACGAGCACAGCCCACCAAGCCCACCAAGUACACGAGCACAGCCCACCAAGGUGUACACGAGCACAGCCCACCAAGGUGUACACGAGCACAGCCCACCAAGGUGUACACGAGCACAGCCCACCAAGGUGUACACGAGCACAGCCCACCAAGGUGUACACGAGCACAGCCCACCAAGGUGUACACGAGCACAGCCCACCAAGGUGUACACGAGCACAGCCCACCAAGGUGUACACGAGCACAGCCCACCAAGGUGUACACGAGCACAGCCCACCAAGGUGUACACGAGCACAGCCCACCAAGGUGUACACGAGCACAGCCCACCAAGGUGUACACGAGCACAGCCCACCAAGGUGUACACGAGCACAGCCCACCAAGGUGUACACGAGCACAGCCCACCAAGGUGUACACGAGCACAGCCCACCAAGGUGUACACGAGCACAGCCCACCAAGGUGUACACGAGCACAGCCCACCAAGGUGUACACGAGCACAGCCCACCAAGGUGUACACGAGCACAGCCCACCAAGGUGUACACGAGCACAGCCCACCAAGGUGUACACGAGCACAGCCCACCAAGGUGUACACGAGCACAGCCCACCAAGGUGUACACGAGCACAGCCCACCAAGGUGUACACGAGCACAGCCCACCAAGGUGUACACGAGCACAGCCCACCAAGGUGUACACGAGCACAGCCCACCAAGGUGUACACGAGCACAGCCCACCAAGGUGUACACGAGCACAGCCCACCAAGGUGUACACGAGCACAGCCCACCAAGGUGUACACGAGCACAGCCCACCAAGGUGUACACGAGCACAGCCCACCAAGGUGUACACGAGCACAGCCCACCAAGGUGUACACGAGCACAGCCCACCAAGGUGUACACGAGCACAGCCCACCAAGGUGUACACGAGCACAGCCCACCAAGGUGUACACGAGCACAGCCCACCAAGGUGUACACGAGCACAGCCCACCAAGGUGUACACGAGCACAGCCCACCAAGGUGUACACGAGCACAGCCCACCAAGGUGUACACGAGCACAGCCCACCAAGGUGUACACGAGCACAGCCCACCAAGGUGUACACGAGCACAGCCCACCAAGGUGUACACGAGCACAGCCCACCAAGGUGUACACGAGCACAGCCCACCAAGGUGUACACGACAAGCACAGCCCACCAAGGUGUACACGACAAGCACAGCCCACCAAGGUGUACACGACAAGCACAGCCCACCAAGGUGUACACGACAAGCACAGCCCACCAAGGUGUACACGACAAGCACAGCCCACCAAGGUGUACACGACAAGCACAGCCCACCAAGGUGUACACGACAAGCACAGCCCACCAAGGUGUACACGACAAGCACAGCCCACCAAGGUGUACACGACAAGCACAGCCCACCAAGGUGUACACGAGCACAGCCCACCAAGGUGUACACGACAAGCACAGCCCACCAAGGUGUACACGACAAGCACAGCCCACCAAGGUGUACACGACAAGCACAGCCCACCAAGGUGUACACGAGCACAGCCCACCAAGGUGUACACGACAAGCACAGCCCACCAAGGUGUACACGACAAGCACAGCCCACCAAGGUGUACACGACAUUAGACUAACAGUGAGGACAGUGACCAAGACAAGGAUGUACAGUAAGGACAGGGCGCACAGGUCCUCACCCGGGGAUGUAGUAGCAACUGCUGGUACAGAGAUCUCUGCUGGGGCUUGUACUGUGCCAUGCAUGGCAGCUGUGCCUCGGCCAUCCUCUGCUGUGCCGCUUGGUGCCUUCCCUGGGGUCAGGAUGGCGGAAUUACCUGACACUCUGGCACCCAUUGCGGUGCCAUCCUGUGCCUUGCCGGCCGGCAGCUCCCAGGCAUCUAAUACCUCAUUAGAGUUGUUAGUGGCGCUUGGAUUGUUCGCCGAGAUGAGAGUUGAUUGGCGGAGGGUGUAG